AUGGCAGAAUCAUUGGAUGAUCAAAAUUUCUUUAACUGUCCGAUUUGUCUUCAUAUUCUGAACAGCCCAGUCACUACAUCUUGUGGUCACAGUUUCUGUAUGGACUGUCUUAAUGAAUUCUGGGACCGGGAAAUUCUGAAGGGCAUUUACAGCUGUCCCCAGUGCAGGCAUUCAUUCACCCCAAGACCAGCUCUCAGCAAAAAUACCGUUAUUGCUGAAGUUGUGGAGAGAAUGAAGAUUAAGGAAACAGCAACGGUCUCUACUGUUUUGAGUUUUGCUGUGUCUGGGGAUGUGAAGUGUGAUGUCUGCACUGAGACAAAACUAAAAGCCAUUAAAUCUUGCCUGACAUGUUUGGCUUCUUACUGUGAAUCUCACAUCCAAACUCAUUAUACAUCUCCUGCGUUAAAGUGGCACAAACUGGCCAAUGCCUCACCACGUCUACUGGACCAGAUCUGCUCUCAACAUCAUAAGCCUCUGGAACUGUACUGUUGUAAAGAUCAGCAGCUGAUAUGUAUGCAGUGUGCUCUGAUUAACCACCCGAACCAUAGCAUGACUUCACCUGCGGCAGAACGACAAAACAUACAGGUACGGUUGAAAAAAAGCCAGGAUGGCAUACAAUUGGAAAUGCAUCAGCGUGAGAUGAAGGUGCAGGAAUUAAAAAAAGCUGUGGCCUCCCAUAAGCGCUCUGCAGAGGCAGCAGUGAAUCACUGUGAGCAGGCUUUUACAGAUCUGAUCAGCUCCUUGGAAAAAAGACGAACUGAGAUAACAAAGAUGAUCAGAGCUCAAGAGAAAGCAGAAGUGAGUGAAGUUGAAGUACAUGUGAAAACACUGGAGCAGGAGAUCAGUUACUUGAAGAAGAGGCAUGAUGACCUGGAGAAGCUUUCAAAGGUCAAGGAUGACAUCCAUGUCAUUAAGAAUUUCCUCUUUCUUUCCCAUUACUGGUGUUCCGACAUGUCCAAGAUGUCUGUCAACCAGCUUCUGACAUUUGAGGAAAUACGAACAAUUAUCAGUGAGAUGAAAAGCCAACUGGACGUUCUCUGUAAAGAAGACUUUGUCAGGAUAACAGAGAAAGUUCCCACAGUCCAUGUAAUGGUGAAUAAUAAAAAGACCAAAGAGUAUUUUCCAUCUCAACCCAAGACCAGAGAAGAGUUCCUGAUAUAUUCCUCUGAUCUGAAUCUGAAUAGCUCCUCAGUCUCUGGUAGCCUUACUGUGAAAAACGACAAGUUUGUGACGAGGUGCUAUGGUGGUUAUGGGUAUGGGUGUGGGAGUGACCAGGUGUCGUGUAAAGAGCCACUGUCUGGACGCUGUUAUUUUGAAGUUCAGUUGGCAGGAAAAGGUUGUUCUAUUGCAUUCUCAUAUAACCAGAGUCAAAGAGAAACUUUUGGCUUUAACAACAUGUCCUGGAAAUGUGACUUUCCAGCAGUUAAUCUUUGCGUAUGGCACAAUUACAAACAGACAAAUAUUUCCUUUCUCUCCAAAAUUGGAGUGUUUCUGGAUCAAGCAGCAGGAACUGUGUCCUUUUACAAUGUCUCUGAUAAAAUGACCCUUCUGCACAAAAUCCAGACCACAUUUACUCAGCCCCUCUAUGCUGGGUUUUCACUUAAGGACUGGGGAAAUGACUCAUCAGUGACCAUUUGUGAUCUUUCAGUGAAUAAGUAGUCAGUGAUCGUAAGCUAAUGGAUA